GGUUCACCAGCCGUGGACGUCUACAUCACGACCAAGACCCUCAAUCCACAUUACUACACAUUACGCACCCGAGUUCAACCUUCGCUUGGACUCUACCAACGAUGGCGCCCACACAAACUCCCCCCACGACCGACAAUGAUCAAUCCCUCUUCCACAUCCAGCGCAUCACACAAUACGUCGCGCUCCCACCUCUAGCCCUCAGCUCACCACUCCCGGCUCUCUGCGCCUCGAUAUUCUCCCCUCUCCUCCUCUCCUACUACCCGCCAGCGCGAGGCAUCAUCCUCUCAUACUCGAACGUGCAACUCAGCGAAGAACCACCGAAGCCGCGAUCCUCGAAAUCCUCCUCCAAGUACGCUGCCGCCUCCACAACCACCUCGACAGCGCCACUACUGAUGCGCAUGGUCGACGAAUACAGCAGCCCGUUCACCUGGGCGACCGCCGACCUUCUCAUCUGGCGCCCGGCCAAGAAUGCCUGGAUCGAAGGCCGCAUCACACACCAGGCGUCCACGCACAUCACACUCUCGUACCUCAACGCGUUCCCGGUCUCCGUGCUGCGCGAGCACAUGCCGCGCGGGUGGUCGUACCAGUCCGCGCAGACUAAUUCGUAUAGCAUGACGGGUGGGAGCCGGAGCUUGUCAACGGGGGGGCAGGCAGCAGGAGAGGGGUACUGGGUUGAUAGCGAGGGGGGCAUGCCGGUGGGGGAGGGCCCGAAUGGGACAGUGUUGAGGGUGAGGAUUAGGGAUUGGGAUGGGAAGAUGGAUGUUGGGGGUGAGGGGAGGAAGGCUGGCGCGGGCAUUGGUACGUUGAGGAUUGAGGGGAGUUUGUUGACGGUGGAGCAAGAGAAGAAUCCUGCUGCGGUGACGGCGACGGCAGAACUUCAAAAAAGAGAAGUUGGCCGAGGUGGAAGGGAAAGAUUUGUCGGUGGUUGUUCAGCGAGUCGACAUGUGAAGGGUAAUUGA